AUGGAAAUAUACCAAGUUCAAAAGGUACAUUUAUUUUUGUAUAUAAAUACAACCUUUUUAUCGCAUGGAAUGUUAGUAAAAGUUUGUAAAGCAAAAGAACCAAAGGCCAUGGAGGACUGCGAAAUAAUUGGAAUGAUAUUCGAAAUCAUUGGUGACAUGCUGUUCGGCACUGACAGCUCCUCUGAUUAUGAUGAUGAUUACGACUCUAGCACCUAGGUGGCACAAAAUAAUAUUCAACCAUUCCAUUAUAAUAUCCACAAUUAAGUUAAAUUCCGCUUUUGACCUUCAAAAUGAAAGC